AUGAUUGAAGACGAGGGUAAAAUAGAUCAUCAUGUCAAGGGACGCGUUGUGUUCGCAAAUAAAACUCGCUAUGUCAUAUUAAUAUUGGGUUUAUUAUGUAUAUUGAUAACAAAUGCGAACAUGAACACUAUAAAUUUUACUGUAAUUUGUAUGCAAGAUGUCAUUGAAGAACAGCAAGAGCAGAAUCAGACGCAUUGGCUGGAAAACUCGGCCGAUGUGUCCACUGUAUUCGCGUCGGGAUCCAUUGGUGCAGUCGUCGGAUUAAUUCUGUUUGUGCCUUUGACCACACAAUUCGGUAUUCGGGCAGUUUUAUCGUUUUAUGGAUUAACAGCGGCAUUCGGCACGCUGAUUGUUCCAUUCGCUGUCUCGAUCGGAUUCCUUCCCGUCGUAAUCGCGAGAAUUCUACAAGGCUUCGGUGCUUCAAUUCUGUUUUCUGCGAUCGGCGUGAUAUCAGAAGGCUGGUCUCCGAUCUCUGAAAUCAGCACAUACAUUGCUUUCUUGUCGUCCGGAUUUCAGAUAAGUAAUAUUAUAAUGAUGCCCGCCUCGGGAAUAUUAUGUGAAUCUUCACUUGGCUGGAGAUCGAUUUACUAUAUUUUUGGAGGAUUUGGUGUGAUCGUCUUCAUUUUAUUCUUAUAUUUCUUCCGCGAUGAUGCCUCUCUUCACAAAAAUGUGAGCCAUAAGGAAUUGCGAAAAAUUAGUGUAGGAAAAAAUCCAACGUCGAAUGACAAAUCAGUUCCUUAUUUGGCAGUGUGCAAGGAUCGAGUAGUUCUCUCAAUAUGGGCAUCGGCAAUUGGAGGAAAUAUGUCAUUGAUGUGUCUUAUGCAAUAUGGACCAAUUUAUCUUAAUAAGGUCCUUGGGCUCGACGUUCGCGAUACCGGAUUCUCCAACGCAAUUCCUUACAUUUUCGCUGCAAUUGUCAAAUUCAUUGCGGGACCACUCUCGGAUCACAUGACGUUUAUUCCAGAAUUGUGGCGAGUAAUUUUCUUCGCCGUCGUUUCGCAGGCUGGAAUGGGCUGCGGAUUUUUCGUCAUGGCUGCGACGAACAAUCGAGUUGUCGCCCAAUUGGCCUAUACGAUUGCAAUUGUUCUCGCUGGAAUCAAUAUUGUUGGGAGGUCUCGACAACACGUUCAUUUCGUGAUGGCUGUCAUUUCGCUGAGUGCUUGGAUUGCCAUAUUUCUCCUUCCUGUCAUUAUCGGAUUUGCUUGUCCUGAUCACACCCAUGCUCAGUGGGCGGUAUUCUACGUUUGUCUCGGAAUAUUCGUCUUCAUCAUGAAUGUGCCGUUCCCAUUUUUCGCAACUCUUGAAUCAGCUGAGUACACGAAACCCGGAUGGAAGGAGAGGAAGAUUCAAAAAAUAUAUCAAGAUCAGAAAAUCUAA